AUGUCUGACUGGGAGGCAGUCUCAAGGGAGUCGGAGGAGGUGCUGGCGAAGCCGGACAUCAAGGGCUGCCAUGAGAUCCUGGUGAAGGCGUACGAGGGCGGCAACCACCACCCCGAGAUUCUCUGGCGCCUCGGCCGCUCCUACUACGAGAUGGCGAACGAGAGCACCGAUCCAGCGGUGCAGGAGCCCUACCUGAAGGAGGGCAUGGAGCUGUGCAAGAAGUCUGUGGAGGCGGACCCGAACAACUUCGCCUCGCACAAGUGGCUCGGUAUUCUCAUUUCGGAGCAGAAGGUUGGCAGCAAGGAAAAGAUCGCGAACGCGUACGUGAUUCGCGACCACUUCCUGAAGGCGGUUGAACUGAACCCCAACGACGCCACCUCGCUGCAUUGCAUGGGCAACUGGUGCUUCAAGAUUCUGCAGGUUGGAUGGUUGGAGCGCAAGGCGGCAGCGCUGAUCCUUGGCGAACCUCCGAGCUCGACCUACGAGGAGUGCCUCGGCUACCUGCUCCGUUCUGCGGAGGCAGGGAACACGAUCUACAACUCCACGAUGAUUGGCGACGCAUACGCGCAGCAACGCAUGUACGAUGAGGCCCGUAAGUGGUACCAAACGGCGAUUGAUAUGCCUACGUGCACAGAGCUGCAGAAGCGCAACCAUGAAGCCGCCAUUGCCAAGAUGAAGAAGAUCUAA